AGGAACCUCGUUCUUCUACUACUACUUCCUUUUUUUCUUCUUUCCAACUCCUUUAAUCUUUCUCUCUCUUCAAAAAUAAAAAAACAAUCAAAUUAUCAUCAAACAACAUGAAGUUCGAUCAAUACCACCACCGCAACAACCACCACAUACCACCACCACCACCACCUCUCCACCAAAGAAGAUUCUGGAAAGAAUUAUUAACCCACCUACGUAACCAAAAACCCACAGCGUACAUUAUCCUCCUUAUCUUAACCUACGCCGUUGGUUACUUUACCGCCAAUAUCAAUCACAACACCACUCCAACUGUCAUCACAACAACUACCAAUAACUACCCACCCGCCACGUCACCACCAAUCCUCGACAAAAACAACGACCACAACAAAUUCGGCCCAACAUGUUCAAACCCAAUCCAACCCAACCAAGUCCGGCCCACAAUCCUAGCCCAUAUCUACAACAACACCUCACCAUACACCAACUUCCCCCCGGCCCACUUAGCCCACUUACUCAAGCCCAAAAGACUCAAAGGAUGGGGCUCAUACGGUGCCGUUUUCAAAAACCUUAUCCAAAAAGUCCAACCAAACAUAAUCAUCGAAAUUGGAACCUUCUUAGGUGCAUCAGCAAUUCACAUGGCUGAGUUAACUCGUGAACUCGGUCUCCAAACUCAGAUCUUAUGUUUAGAUGAUUUCAGAGGUUGGCCUGGUUUUCGUGAUAAAGUUGAUUAUGUUCCAAUAACACAAAACGGUGACGUUUUGUUGUUAGCACAGUUUAUUCAGAAUGUUGUGUAUUUUAACUUGACUGAGUUAAUAUUACCAAUUGUAUUUUCAACUGGGUCAAGUUUACAGAAACUAUGUGAGUUGGGUGUGAUGGCUGAUUUAAUAGAAGUUGAUGCAGGUCAUGAUUUUCAUUCAGCUUGGUCAGAUAUAAAUAGGGCUUAUAAGUUGUUGAGACCAGGUGGGGUUAUGUUUGGACAUGAUUAUUUUACUGGAUAUGAUCAAAAAGGUGUAAGGAGAGCUGUUGAUUUGUUUGCUAAGGUUAAUGGGUUUAAGGUUAAUGUUGAUGGUCAACACUGGGUUAUUCAGUGACGACGUGAAACGCUUUUCUCAAAAAACUUUUAUAUAGAACAAAGAAUAGAGGAGUGUUUUAUUUAUUUUAGAACGGACAUGACGGCAUUAUGCAUAGAGCUAGUCAUAUAUAUAGUGUGAUACAAAUUUCAUUUCUACAUUUUGUUUACAUCAAUGAGUUUUUUUUUUUUUUUUUGUGGGUGUGGGGGUGUGGUAGUAGAUAAUAUUAUUAUGUAUGUAUGGUAUAGGAAAUAAAGAAGGAAAAGGAAAUGAGAUAAGAAUUGUUUUUUUUUUUUGGGAUUUAUUGAGUUAAUAUUUUUGAGUUAUCUUUA